AUGGACCAAUGCCAUGGUCUCUCCCCACUUGUUGCAAGACCUGCGCCUGCUGCAGCGAGUGCUGACACCCAAAACCCGGGCGACGGCUUCACAACCGCGGGCUGCAGUCGAGGCCUCUUCCCCGUGAUCUUCGACAGCUCCACGAAGCUGGCCACAGCGGUGUUGAAAGCCUUGUGCCAGGAACUCCAGGCUGCAGCUACAGACACACAGCAACCUGGCAGGUUGCCGUCCCUGGAACUCUUCCACUCGGCUUCGACAAAUUUGGGCAUCCGCUCCCUGACUUCGGUGGCCCGUGGCCAGCUGCUGUGUUUUUACCCCGCGCGGAUCUUUCCGGGCGCCACUCCGGUGUCAGAGCUGCCGUUGGGUGAUCAGCUGUUGACCAACGAGUACGAGAAUGUGUACCUGGACGGAAAGGGCUGGUUACCAGUGCACUGGCGAACGCACGAGCUUGCAGCUCGCUUGACCCCUCCGAUCCUUUGGCAUGGAAAUCGCCUGGCGGUGGGCAAUUUCUUGAAUCAUCCCAAGCAGGGGCAGUUGAUGGUCUUCCAUUGGCCCUGCUGGCAGCAGCUGGAGCAGCUGUCGCCGGCCUUUUGGGCGCGGCUCGUUCCACAUGUGGUGCUGGGCGAGAAGGGCCAGUUGGUGCGAACGCCAAGUGGUGGCAUUGGUCAAGACGAUCAGGCAACGUUUCCAGCCUGGCCGCACAUGGGCAUGGCCAUGUUCUCACUGCGAGGCACCUCGAAAACCCGGGAACUCCGCCAAGGCAUCCAGCCGGGUGAGGAAUUGCUCCUGAACUAUCGCCUUUCAGCGCCCUUCCCCAGCUGGUACGUGCCAGUGGAUGACGCAGAACUGGAGGCUGCUCUCGACGCGGAAGGCUGCGUGGCAUUUGGCGACAUCCACCUUCGUUUGGCGUGGCAGGCCGAGGCGCAAGGACACUCCCUGCGCAAUUCUCCGCCGAGAACCCCGGGCACGGAUGUGCGGGCGCGAGCCUCCCCGCUGGAGGUCCAAAAUGUGGCACCUCGGGCGAGGCCGAAGACCUUUAGCAUUGCCAUUCAAACGGACCUGGCACGUCCAGAAGACCGUAUCCUUCCCGAAAGGGGAGAGCAGCGGGCUCCUGUGCCCUCCUCAGUUGCAGCGGUUGCAGCGGUUGCACCGGGCAGCGCGGGGAAGACGAAGACGGAGUCGCCAAGGGAUGCAGGCCUUGACAUUGAACACGUGCGGGACAGCAUGCAGGUGCUCCUGCACAAUGGAGCGAGAUCUCCCUCGGCCACGGCACAACGAAGGCCCUCACUUGAACGGCAGGGUAGCGACGUGGACGAGGUCAUUCCACACGCGGAAUCAACAGCUCCAAGCGUGCCAGCAGCGGUUGCCAAGACAGGUGAUGGCUCUCAGGAAUCACCACAGGCGUUGCAACUGGCUCCACGACACUCCAGCGAGAUCAGGUUGCCACCCGGAGCUGUGACCAGCAGAACGGAGGCACAGCACGCCAAACCUGCCAAACCGCUGGAGGCUGGUGGGGAUGACCCCCUCAACAUCUUCGGCAUCAUUGGCGCAGACAGCCUUGCCGAGUCAACAACUCUUUGA